UAUGAGAGUUGUGAAAUUAGCAUACGCUGUGAAGAAUCGUCGCUAUAUGUCGUCCAGUGUUUAAAAUGCACGGAAUCGUUGUUUUACUGUAAAUGUGUUACUGCUAUGGGGAUGGAUGAAAGACGAAAGCACUUUAAUGUGUAUUUCGUACUAAAUUUGAGUUUAUAAUGUAAUAUCGCGAGUUUAAAAGAGGCCAGGCAGAUGGCUAACUCAAAUGAUGGACAUACAGAGGUGAACCUGAACAGAAAAGAUGUUCAUCAGAGAAUACGUGGAACAUUGGUGCCAGUCAGGCAGGGAAAUUAUUCAUUAUUCUGCCUUUCGGAGCGGAAUUGUGUACGCCAGGCUGCGCGGUUUAUUGUCGAAUCGAGAGCAUUUGAUAUUUUUAUUCUAACAACGAUUAUUGCAAACUGUGUAGUUCUGGCGUUAGACGCACCUUUGCCUAAUAAUGACAAGAGCUCGUAUAGCGAUAAACUGGAACAAUCAGAAAUCGUAUUUUUGGUUAUUUUUACGAUCGAAGCAAUUUUGAAAAUUAUCGCUCUUGGUUUUGUUCUGCACCCUGGAUCGUAUCUGCGCAAUGGAUGGAACAUAUUAGAUUUUAUUGUUGUGAUAACUGGAUUUAUCAGUUUGAGGCAAUUUGGAUAUGAUAGUUUUGGUGAUGUUAAGCCUUUGCGAGCCGUCCGUGUACUGCGGCCGCUCAAAUUGGUUUCCGGUACUCCAAGUUUGCAAGUUGUAAUGAAGUCAAUCAUGCGCGCAAUGGUUCCUCUUCUUCAAGUAUUAAUCCUGACGAUGUUUGUCAUCGUGAUCUACGCUACAGUUGGAUUGUCAUUUCUUUCUAAUAAAUUUCACGCAACAUGCUACAGUAACAUUACAGGCGAGAAAGUCGCCUUGGGUGAAACAUACCAGCCAUGCGAUUACGAUUCAAGCGGAAUGUUUACGGGUCGUUCAUGUGAUGCAUCAAACAAUGAAAUAUGUAGAGAAUAUUGGGUUGGCCCAAAUAACGGGAUAAGCACAUUUGAUAAUAUUGUUUUAGCUAUACUCACUGUCUCGCAAUGCAUCACUAUGGAAGGAUGGAGCGACAUAAUGUACUCGACAUUUUAUGCUGCAGAUAGCGACAGUUAUUUUUAUACAAUAUAUUAUGUUUCGCUUAUUUUAAUUGGAUCAUACUUCAUGUUAAAUUUGGUACUUGGCGUUUUGAGCGGAGAGUUUGCAAAAGAAAGAGAAAGAGUGGAAACACGAAGGAAUUUCUUCAAGUUGAGAAGAGAACAAAAAGUGAACCGUCAGGUUGAGCAGUACUUAGAGUGGAUAUCAAGAGCUGAGGAGAUAAUCGUGGAAGACUUAGUUGGUCAACAGGACGGUGAAGCUGAUUUAAGACAGAACAGACCAGUGCCCGCAGACUUUAUAUUUAAUCCAAUCAAUGUUUUAGCAGUGGACGGAGGUCGAGUAGCAAGGUUAAAUUUACCUGAAAGGUACAAGCGUUUUCCAAAAUUCCGUCUGAAAGAAAGAUUGAUGCGAAUUCGUGUCCGUCGCUUCGUCAAACACGAGGGAUUCUUUUGGGCAGUUGUCAUAAUUGUCUUACUAAAUACCAUUAGUUUGGCUACUGAGCAUUAUGACCAGGCACAAUGGCUGACUUCUUUCCAAGAUAAAGCGGAAAUCGUGUUUUUGUCUAUUUUUGUUAUUGAAAUGCUGCUGAAGAUUUAUGGUUUGGGUCCAGCGACGUAUUUCAGAUCCACGUUUAAUGCAUUUGAUUUCGUGGUCAUUCUUUUUGGUCUUUUUGAGUUAAUCAUCCAGAAACCGCUUGGGAUCAGUGUCCUUCGUUGUUUACGUUUGUUGAGAAUAUUUAAAAUGACGUCAUAUUGGUCUUCAUUACGUAAUCUUGUACGAUCCCUGGUCAGCAGCAUCAAGUCAAUCCUUAGUUUAAUAUUUUUAUUGUUCCUCUUCGUCGUUAUAUUUUCGCUGCUUGGUAUGCAAUUCUUUGGAGGAAAGUUUGUUUCCAACACUGACCCUCCCAGAACAAAUUUUGAUGAUUUUCCUAAUGCUAUGUUGGCAGUGUUUCAGGUUCUAACUGGAGAGGACUGGAACUCAGUAAUGUACGAUGGUAUUAAUGCUUAUGGUGGCGUAAAUGAUGCUAAAGCUUUAGCGUUUGGUUUAUAUUUUGUUCUGUUGGUUAUUAUUGGAAAUUAUACCCUACUCAAUGUCUUUCUGGCCAUAGCAGUUGACAACCUUGCCAAUGCGCAUAUUCUGACCCAAGACGAGGAGAACGAGAGACUAGAACGAGAAUCUAGACAUGAGACAGGGGGGAGUGAACGUAGUUCAUCUCGUUGGCAUGAUAUUGGUAAUAUCACCAAAACUUUAGCAUUCGUCAACACAUGGAAAUCUAGCAGUAAUCCAUCAGAGACUUCCAAUGGUGAUGUGGAAGGCGAAAAUAACCUGAACGGAUCCUCUUCAAACACGCGAGGUAAAAAGGCACUGACUAAGAAUUUAAUGCGGAAUAUCAAUAAAUAUCGCAAAGCGACCGGUCAAAAUCAAGAUGUAGAAGCCCAACAACCAGAUCCUCACCAGUCUCAUCGCGAAGGCGCCCGCCGACGAUCUGAAGCACAAGGAAUCGUACGAACUUUGAAAGGAAGAAAAUCAAAAGUUCGAAAACUGAAAAAGAAUGUUCCCAUCAUACGAACCAAAUCCCUUUUUUUAUUUGGACCUGAAAAUAAAUUUCGACGAGCCUGUCAUUACAUUGUUAACCUACGACAUUUUGAUAAUUUCAUGCUGGUUGUUAUAAUAAUGAGUAGUAUAUUACUCGCCGUUGAAGAUCCCGUCGAUGAUUAUUCAGAGAAAAAUAAGGUCCUGCGUUAUUUCGACUACAUCUUUACCACCAUCUUUGGUUUUGAGGUUUUUGUUAAGUUGAUCGACUUGGGGGCUGUACUUCACCCCGGCUCCUAUUUUAGGAGUAAAUGGAAUUUUAUUGAUGCGUUAGUUGUUUGUUGUAACAUCGCCUCACUUGUACUAAGUCAAACUCAGAGCAAUGUUACUGGCCAGAAUUUUGUUAAAGUAUUACGAGUGUUGAGAGUUUUCAGACCUUUGAAAAUGAUGAACAAAUUAAAAAAAUUGGAGGCCGUGUUUCGUUGUAUGUGGUACUCAUUCAAGAAUGUUGCAAAUAUUUUAUUAAUCACAGCUUUGUUUCUAUUCAUUUUUGCUGUUAUUGGAGUUCAGCUGUUUCAGGGCAAGUUUUUUUACUGCACCGACGAAUCCAAAAUGUUUGAAGUUGAUUGCAAGGGAAGUUAUUUUGAGUUUAGCGAAGGUGCUGAAAGCAUUGAUGACAAGGAGAAGGUCACAGUUAAAGAAAGGAUGUGGAAACUUCGUAAUUUUCAUUUCAAUAAUGUCUUCAGUGCAAUGUUGACGUUAUACACCUCAGCCACUGGAGAAGGUUGGCCGACCGCGAUGCAACAUACAAUGGAUGUGACGGAGGUUGAUCAAGGCCCAAUACGCAACUUCAGCGUUGAGAAUGCAUUAUUUUAUAUUUCGUUUGUUGUGGUGUUUUCGUUUUUCUUUCUUAAUAUUUUUGUCGCUCUUGUGAUUCUCACGUUCCAAGAACAAGGAGAGAAGGAACUGGUGAACAGCGAGUUGGACCGUAAUCAGAGAGAUUGCAUCAGCUUCGUUAUUCGUGCUAAACCUCUGGAAACGUACAUGCCAGCGAAUGAAAAAACCUGGUCUUAUAAAAUUUGGUUUAUCGUUGUUUCAAAACCGUUCGAAUUGUUUAUCAUGGCGCUCAUUAUUUUGAAUACCGCCGUUCUCAUGAUGCAGUAUUAUGACCAGCCCGAUGAUUACAAGAAUAUGUGUGAUUACCUCAAUGCUGCUUUGACGUUCUUAUUUACAAUGGAGGCUUGUUUAAAAUUGUUUGCAUUUAAAUUGAGCUACUUCAGAGAUAAUUGGAAUAUAUUUGAUUUCAUUGUUGUCGUUGGUAGUAUUCUGGAUACUUCCUUAACGUUUGGGAGGCAAGACGAUCUUCCCUUUGAUCCCAGUAUAUUCAGAAUAUUUCGUGCCGCGCGACUCAUCAAAAUCUUAAAACAAGGAUCUGGAAUUCGAGUUUUACUUUGGGCAUUCCUUCAGUCCUUCAAGGCUCUGCCCUACGUCACUCUACUCAUCUUCCUUGUCUUCUUCAUUUACGCUGUCAUUGGAAUGCAGUUAUUUGGAAAAAUCAAGCUAGAUGACAGCACGCAAAUAAACAAGUAUAACAACUUUCAAAACAUCGGAAAGGCCUUAUUGUUACUUUUCAGAUCCUCGACAGGAGAAAAUUGGCAAGAGAUAAUGUUAUCAUGUUAUGACGAGGCUCUCUGUGAUAAGAGGGCGAACUCUGCAUCUCUCACUUGUGGUUCAACAACUUGGGCGAUCGCGUAUUUUUGUACUUUUAUAUUUCUCUGUAUGUUUUUUAUGCUCAAUCUGUUUGUAGCCGUUAUUAUGGAUAAUUUUGAAUAUCUAACUCGUGACCAGUCAAUUCUUGGGCCACACCAUCUUGACGAGUUUGUGCAAGUUUGGUCUUUCUACGAUCCUGGUGCAACUGGUGAAAUUCACUAUUCCAAGGUGUACGAGAUGAUGACACGAUUGUCUCCGCCCGUUGGCUUUGGGAAAAAAUGUCCGAAGAUGGUCGCUUUUAAACGACUUAUCAAGAUGAACAUGCCUCUUAACGAAGAUAAAAUGAUUCAUUUCACAACAACGUUGUUCGCUUUAGUUCGAACUUCCUUAAAAAUCAGAAUGACAGGAAAUAUGAACGCAAAUGACACGAAACUAAGAAAGAUGAUUGUUGAAGAUUGGCCGAAUAUCCUGCCUCGAGUUCUGGAUAAGAUGAUUCCGAAGCAUUCAGUAUUGAGUUGCCAUCAAAUGACGGUUGGUAAAAUAUACUGUGCUAAACUUAUGGUUGAAAACCACAGAAAUAAUAAGAAAAGAAAACAAUUUGAGAUUCUUGAAGACGAUGAAUUUAAAAAACAGAGGCCUGAGAAUAUAUUCCGUCGCCUGGUUGGUUCAGUGACGCGAAGCAUGCGUCAGAGAGGUGCAUCAAGUAUGAAUGGCCUGGUACCCAGUGAAGAAUCUGGCUCACAAAAUGGAGUUAAUAAAUCUUACUGCGGGAAACAUGGCGAGUCUUUAAAGAUGGAGGACCUGAAGAGAAGCUCAUCUUGUCACAACUUUGCUUCAGAGAAGGCUAAACGAAGGCAAGAACUUAACACCAGUCCUCUUUUAAAACACGCGGUCAGACCAACACUGUCCGCAUCUUCCUCUCCCCAGACUUCUCACCGUAAACAUAAAGUAUCAGCCGCUAUAAGUCUUCCUUUAACGACUUUCCAAUCCCAAGAUGAGACGAUGAACCAUGUUUCUGACAAUUCCAAACACAAGAAAGAGUCAAAGAGCCAUAUCGGCCCAGGAAAUUUGUCACAGAAUAUACACAACAGACAUAAACUUAAACAAGCACCAAGCAUUGUAAUAAACUCUCCUUAUCAUAGCGAAGCUAUUGACCUGUCUGAUAUUACCGUUGAGGAACCAGGCAGAAAAACGAAUGAUGGAAACUUCGUGUCUGGCGGAGAAACAGAGGAGUUCCCAUAUUUUCACAGGGAGCCUGGUAAAGACUUUAAUAGAAACGAGAAUUUAUAUUUUAGUAAAUAUGUUGUUGAAGAUACGCAGCAACAACGUAAAAAGCAGUUUGUACCAGAAAGAAAAGGAAAAUUGCCGUACGAAAAACAACGUGAAAGUGAGUAUGUAAUAUAUACAGACGCAGAUGACAGACAUAAACACUCAACGAUUGAAAUUGACUUACAGAAGCACGGGACACGUAAUGUUAAUUCUGGUGCACGUAUUGUUGGCUCCAGGCCACGUCUUGGCUCUUCAGAAGCACGUAACGAGGAACAAAGCUCAUUUGACGAAAGGUUUGACAGCACAAGUGAUAAAGUGCGAAUAUCUUCAAAGCUGCCACUUGACGAAAAUUAUUUGUACAGCCACAGGCAGAGUUCUUCUGGAUCCGAUAUAUCUGCAGAAAGCAGGAAAAACAGACCAAGACAAUCGCAGUCUGAAAGUAAUUUAAAAUCAAAAAGUGCGCCGGAGAAACCAGCGUAUCCAAUUAUAAAGACUUUUUCAGAUCCCACGGACAUACAGAUGGGUCACGAAAACCGAUUUUCAAAUGAUGCGUAUUCGUCUAAAUCGCGUCUGGCAACAAAAAAUGUUUUCGGUUCAAAAAAACCAAUUGAAGAUAGAGAAGAAAAACUCACAUCAAGGUUUGAAAACCGAAAUAAAGACACUGUUCCUCUUGUAGGCAGCGCUAAGCAAUCUCCAUAUACUGACUAUACUGGCAAAGACAGUGAUACAAGACUUCCUAAUGUAGGCCAUACAAAUAAUACAUUUCAAACUGACAUAAACAUGGCACAACUUCCUCCAGCUGAUAGCGGCACAAAUAAAAGCAAGCCAAAUGAAGCUGAACGACCACAAGGUGAAGUUUUUGGAGGGUUAUUGGGCGAUGCAGAUGCAAAUCAUUCUGCUGAAUAUUAUGAUAGGAUGAUUAGUAAAAUUAACGAACAGAUUAAUUUGGCCGUAACUAGAAAUAAAUGUCCUUAUGCUUUCUAUGGUCUUGGCUCGGAUGAUGAUGAUGAUUGGUGCUAAGUUAGUAAAACCUAGAAUGGUUUAAAUUUUUGAAUAUUUCGUUUUUGAAAUGAAAUGUUUACGCAAAAUAUGUUAAUAUAUGUAGAGAUAUUGUAGCAAUGUAUGCAAGAAAGUAUUUAUUAAAGUUUAUUGU